GUCAUGGGUGGAGCCAAAAACCGGAAUUCAAAGGAAACCGCCUACGCAUCUCAUUUUCUACGUACAAACCAAAUAAUUCAAACUCAUUUAUUAUUUUACAUUAUUUAUUCCUUCUAUAUAAUAACUAAUACCUCCUCACUUAUCCUUCACCCCUCCAAAAUUUCCCAAUUAAUAUUAUUAAUCAGCUAUACAUACAUACAUUCAUACAUACACCGCCCCUUUUCUCGAUCCGCCGCCGGGAAAGGGUGAAUACAAGUUACAGUUCACCCCCUCACUCCAUCCCCCUUUCUUUCAUUAUCAAUUUCACCAGUGAUAUUGACAGGAUGGAAGCCCGCCGCCGAUCGAUGAAAGGUGCCUCCGUUGACCAACGCAAGGAUUCCGACUCCGUCAAGGCCUCCGACGCCCUCCCCCUCCCUCUAUACCUCACCAAUGCCGUCUUCUUCACUCUCUUCUUCUCCGUCGUUUAUUAUUUGCUCCUCCGAUGGCGAGAGAAGAUCCGUAACUCCACCCCCCUCCACGUCGUCACCCUCUCUGAGAUCGCCGCCAUCGUCACCUUCGUUGCCUCCUUCAUCUAUCUCCUCGGCUUCUUCGGUAUCGGAUUUGUCCAAUCACUCGUUAUUCCCCGCUCUUCCGAUGAAGAAGAUCUUAUGGAUGAAGACGAAAUUAUCGAUUACGACAGAUUGAUGCUCAAGGAGGAUACACGUGCCGUCCCCUGCGCCGCUCAAUCCGACGAUUGUAAGCUUCUUUCAUCCCCCAGACUCAACAAAAAAAUCAUUGAUGAUGAUGCCAUUCCCCUUUCCUCCGAGGAGGACGAGGAGAUAGUCAAGUCGGUGGUGGAGGGCAAGACCCCCUCAUAUUCCCUAGAAUCGAAGCUCGGAGAUUGCCGCCGCGCCGCCGUCAUCCGCCGUGAGGCCUUGCAGCGUAUCACCGGCAAAUCCCUCACCGGAUUGCCACUGGAAGGCUUCAAUUACGAGGCCAUACUGGGACAGUGUUGUGAAAUGCCCGUGGGUUACGUUCAGAUACCGGUUGGGAUUGCAGGACCGCUAUUGUUGGAUGGAAGGGAGUACUCGGUUCCCAUGGCCACGACGGAGGGUUGCCUGGUGGCAAGCACAAACAGAGGUUGCAAGGCCAUCUAUGCCUCUGGAGGAGCCACCAGCGUCCUCCUCAAGGAUGGAAUGACAAGGGCUCCUGUUGUCAGAUUCGGCACGGCAAAGAGGGCUGCAGAAUUGAAGUUCUUCCUUGAGAAUCCUCUCAAUUUCGAGGCCUUGUCCCUUGUAUUCAACAGUUCCAGCCGAUUCGGCAGGCUUCAGAGCAUCAGGUGUGCCAUCGCGGGUAAGAACCUGUAUAUGAGGUUCACUUGCAGCACAGGGGAUGCCAUGGGGAUGAACAUGGUCUCUAAAGGUGUCCAGAAUGUCAUAGACUUCCUCAACAACCAGUUCCCUGACAUGGACGUUAUCGGAAUUUCUGGCAACUACUGUUCGGACAAGAAACCUGCUGCAGUGAACUGGAUUGAAGGGAGGGGAAAAUCGGUUGUGUGCGAGGCCAUCAUCAAGGAGGAGAUUGUGAAGAAGGUGCUCAAGACUGAUGUAGCUUCAUUGGUGGAGCUGAACAUGCUGAAGAACCUGACGGGUUCGGCCAUGGCAGGAGCUCUGGGUGGGUUCAAUGCUCAUGCUAGCAAUAUUGUGUCAGCAGUGUUCAUAGCGACGGGACAAGAUCCUGCACAAAAUAUUGAGAGUUCCCACUGCAUAACAAUGAUGGAAGCUGUUAAUGAUGGGAAGGAUCUUCACGUGUCAGUGACGAUGCCUUCGAUUGAGGUUGGGACAGUUGGAGGUGGGACCCAAUUGGCUUCGCAGUCGGCAUGUUUGAACCUGCUUGGAGUGAAGGGAGCGUGUAUGGAGGCUCCAGGAUCGAACGCAAGGCAGUUGGCGUGCAUUGUUGCUGGUUCAGUUCUGGCUGGAGAGCUGUCUCUGCUGUCAGCAAUUGCAGCUGGCCAGCUUGUCAAGAGCCAUAUGAAGUACAACAGGUCAACCAAAGAUAUCCCCUCUAUAUAAAUCCUGGGAGAUCAUUGUUUCUGUUUUACUACUCUCUCAUACUUUAAAACACGAACUCAAAUUAUACAAAUCGUGUAAAUAAAGGGGAAUAAUAAUAAUAAUGUUUUUAUUUCUUCUU